AGCACUGCCCCCGCAGCAGUAUUCUAUCGUGAUUGCUCGCGCGGUGGAGUUCGUUGCCGUCUCGUCCUUCUUAUCGCGUACGUCGCAGUCGCGUUUUGUUGUGUGUAUCUCCGUCUCUCUCUCUCUCUGUCCCUGUAGGCGGGCGAGCAAGCAGACGAGUUUCCGUACGCAAUCACGCAGGUGUACGUGCGAGACGACGAUGUCGUUUUCGGUGAAGAAGCACACGUCGGACGAGCAGCUGAGCGAAUCAUGGGUGGACCUGGUGCCGGAACUAUCACCGGCAGCCCGGACGUUAGCGUUCAACAGUGAGCGCGAAUACCUGCGACUUCUCCGGGAAGCACAGAAGGAUUCCACACAUUCGUCUGCGAGACAUUCCUUGGCGUCCUCACGCCGGGAUACUCCAAGAGAUAGCCCGAAGAGCCCGCCGAACAGCCCGAACACGGAACUCUCGAGCGAAGAUGAGUUCAAAGGAGUCUAUAUAAAUUACAACUGCAACAAGGAGGGUGAGCUUCUGGACAAGAACAUGGACUGGAUCUACGCGUGGAGCUCUCGACCGGACCAGGCACCGCCAAAAGACUGGAAGUUCAAACAUCCUUUGAGCAGCAAGAGGAAAACGUAUAGCAUUCGCACGGCAAAGGUCGGCAAGAACGGACUGUUUUCUAAGGAGGUCAUUUAUACCCUAUUCUUCACAAACCUCUUGUCUUUGCUUAUUGGGACUGGCUUGGGCGUUUUAUUGACUAGGCGAGGCCUCAUAAUGUCCCGCGUUGCCAUUGAGUGAAGUGCACGAGAUUCCGAGAGUGUCAGCGUCAGGAUUGUCACGGUCGAAUCAGCACAAGGCGGAGGGCUAUAUGCAAGAAAGACUGAACAAGCCGGCGGGCAAUCGAGCCUAAAAAAAAAGAAGAAAAAAAAGAUAGAUACACGCAGCACAUAUAAUUCGAUUGUCCCAAUUUAUAAUAUUAGCACUUUGUAUUAUAUAUUAGCACUCUUGCUCCCCAUCCCCCCUUAAUAUACUAUACACGGUGUACUUCUCAGAAAUUGCGUAUGCCAGGCAUGUAGGUAAUAUACGUAUCGUUAUAUGCCUAGGAAAAAGAAAAGAAAAGAAAAGGAAGAAACAGAGAGAAACUACCGUAUAGAAUUGUUGAAAGAAAUAGGCAGGCGUGUGUGAACGAAACAUGUCCAUUUUAUACCGUUUCUAAUGCGUUUCUAUCUGCGAUAGUUUGUAGGUAUAGCUUGAAUAGAGUAUUUAUCAGAAACCAAUUAUAUUAUUAGAGAACAGAAAGAAAGGAGCGAGACUGAGAGCGAGAGAGGACGAGAGCAUGUGUGCGUGCAUGGACGCGGGUCGAAGGAAGUGCAAGCUUUACCAACGGGAGGGAUUAGGAUUUGUCGAUGAAAACAACUUCAAAAGCAUCAGAUGACUCGUCUUAUUCACCGGGAUUCCGCGAAUCUUGCAACAAGCGUGUCCAAUAAAUCCGAGAUACAGUGGAACGUAACGGAAAACGUCCUGACGAACCGGCUAUCUUCUUGAAUUGUCACGUGACUAUUGUGAUCGUCAUCUCGAUGACGAUUUCUUGGGAUAAUGAUAGUUCCUAGCGGAAAGGGGAAGGUUGAUGUUGACGUCUGUUGAUGUCUUGACGCCAAGGCGAAGGUGGACGAAAAGGAGGAGGGACCACGGGGCAAGCGAACGUGUUUGAGCGAGACAGUUUCGGUGUGCGCGUUUUUGUACGCUCAUCUUAAAUCUACGGUCUUGUGUAACCUUGUAAUAAAUGUACGUAGCGGAGUUUACACAUGUACACACGCAAAAUCUGUUUUAUUGAUCUGCAUCUAACGAGAGAGCAGAAGCAAUUAUAUAUUAUAAUUAUAUAAUUGCGUUUCUGUAGUUUUACCGCGCGCGAUAUGACAAUGAAGUAAAAAACGGUCUCACCUGUUCUCGGAUUUUUGCGAAGAUCCGAAGAUCUUUCAAAAUCAAUCUUAGCAAUUGUAAAGAUAAAUUAUAAUGUACAAAUUUAUUUAUUUACGUUUAUAAAAAAACGAGACCACUAUCACAUUUCGAAUUCGGUCCAAAAUUUUUGUCAGUAUUACAUAUAUUUGCGAGUAUAUUAUAUUUAAUAUUUAACUAAUGAAUGUUGCGGUGAGACACAUUCCUCCUCGGCCAAUCGGUGAUUACUCGAAGGAACUGCGAUUUGUCUUGUCUGACAAAUUUUUUGGGAAAGGUCGGAUUUGCAUGCAAAAGUUCUAUAAAUGUUUAAGACACACACACACACUGUUUUCAGCAAUUGCUGCGGCAAAUCGCGCGAUAACGUGACAGGAUUUUGUACUUUAUGAGGAAGAAGAUGGAGCGAUUCCAAUCGCAUAAAUUUAUUAUCGAAAAAUGUGCACAAGCAUAAUCGCGGUAUAAACCCUUGAAUUCUGAUUAGAGAUACGCAUCAGUGGAUGUGACGCAUUGCGGAUAUGCGUCGCUCGUGUUAGUGUUAGGCCACAUUCAAGCAUACGUGUUAGAAAUUGCAUAAUUCUUGAUUUGCUUGCAACCAGAUCGGCGACACAGUGUCACGUGGCGUCGUCACGUGAAUCGGCGGAUUUUCUUUCUGUAACUCUUAGGUAAGACGCAUCAUUUAACUUACAGUAAUAAUAUUCAAUGUAUUUUUCAUAAGCGAUUAUUUUAUAUUACUGUAUGUAUAUUGUCCGUAUGCAUAAUAUAAUAAUCGUAACCCGCAUGUAGUAGUGGCGUUGGUGACUUCUUGGCGUUAUCGAACACUCGAUUCUCAUUUGAUAUUCGAAAUUUUUUUCGAAUUGAGAGACUUUCAUUAUGGAUGAUUUGUACACAAGCGCUACGAAAUAAAGGGUUUUGUAAAU